AAAUAAAAAGCUAUCAAAUAAGCCUUAUACAUUCAUAUAUUUAUACAGGUAGCCAGCUAGCUAGCUAGACAGAGAGAGAGAGAGACGGGCAUGAGUUUUGCUAGCUAAAUAAGAAAAAAAUCACGAGAGGAAGUAAGGAAGAGGGAGGGAGAAAUGGAAAAAAAAAAAGAAGAAAGAAAACAGCUAGGGCUUAUCGUAUGUUUGCUUCACGCAAACAGCUAAAUGUGGGUAUUAAGCCUUUGCUCUCUCGCGUGGCUUUAAAGUCUCUUUUUUCUAUCCCAUCUCAUCAGCCUACUAGCGUUUUUUAUCACCUCUCUCUCUCUCUCACUAAAUAACAACAAAUAAACCCAAAACGAAAACAAACACACCCCCCAUCCCCACCCCACCAAACCCCAAAUCUCCUCCUCCUCCUCCUUUUUCACGAACAUUAAUGACGCCUCCACUCCUCACGAUCAUAAAUCAAAGCGAGUAAAUUAUAUAUAUAUUCAACAAUUUAUAAUUUAAUUAAUAGCAAACAACCCAUCAAGGCAGAGAUCGUCCAUGAAUCCAACAAACCCUAAUGGUGGUGAUGGUAGUGGUGGAGGGAGCAGUAGUAGUGGUGGUGGCGGUACCGGCAGCGGCAGUCCAUGUGGCGCGUGCAAAUUUUUGAGGAGGAAGUGUGUGCCAGGGUGCAUAUUUGCACCCUACUUUGAUUCGGAGCAAGGCGCAGCUCAUUUUGCGGCGGUGCACAAGGUUUUCGGAGCCAGCAAUGUCUCCAAGCUUCUUCUUCAUAUUCCAGUACAUAAGCGGCUCGACGCCGUUGUCACCAUAUGUUACGAGGCUCAAGCCCGCCUUAGAGAUCCAGUCUACGGCUGUGUUGCUCACAUAUUUGCUCUACAACAACAGGUGGUGAAUCUGCAAGCUGAGCUCUCAUACUUACAAGCCCACCUGGCGACAAUGGAGCUUCCAUCACCACCACCUCCACCCCCUCCACCAUCAGCAGCAGCACUCAUUACCCCACCUCAAUUCUCCAUCUCAGACCUUCCAUCAGCAGUCUCCUCCAUGCCCGCUUCAUACGAUUUGUCCUCACUUUUCGAACCCAUGGUCAUGCAACCUUGGGCCAUUCAACAGCGUGCGCUGCAUGACCCGCGUCACCAUCAUCAAUUCGGAGGCGGCAGUAGCGGUCCGGGUUCACCAGCUGGCGGUGGUGGUGGAGAUCUUCAAAGUUUGGCUCGUGAACUACUUCAUAGGCAUAGCUCAUCUCCAUCACCUGGGUCUGUACCGUGCUCUGAGGGUUCACCAUCUCAUUCUCACCCCAAAUGAGAUUAGUACUGAUAAAAGAUCGAACCAAUCAUCAAUUAAUUUACGAGUACUUGCCUGAUGAAAUGCAUGUUAACUCAUGAACAUAUAGAAUAUAUAUAUAUAUAUAUAUAUAUGUAUGUAUGUAUGUACUAGCAAGAGAACAUAGUGUUAGGGUUUCGGUGGGCAGGUAAAUUUAAUGACGCAUUUAUAAUUUUUCUAUUAACUUCUUAUUUUGUUAAUUCUUUUCUUUUUCAAAAAAUGUAGUGAAGAUUUAAACGUUAGAUUAUAAAUAUAGGGCAUUUGAUGGGUCACUA